AUGUCAGGAGCCGGAGCCCAAGCCCGCUUUGGAGCCGGCAGGGCUCGGCGUCGCUGGACGGACGAUAUCAUACCCGAGUCAUCUGCUAAGGCACAAGAAGAUGACCCAACGCCUGGGAGCCUCUUACGUGCAUCCACAACCUACUCGAAAGUUCACGAUGGCUUCAAGAUGCAGAUUUCAGCCUACGGACUUCCUUGGGAAAAACUGAGGGAUUAUUUGAGGAAGCAUGUCGAGAACUGCGAGAUUCCAGAGAAGCUGGCCCCCGAGUCCGAUCUAUUUUCCGUUCCCGUGCCUCGAAAACUGAAACAGAGCGAGCUUGACGAUAUUUAUCGGAUGCGUGACGUGUCGCGCAAAGAAGAGCAGCGGAUCAAGGAUCGACCCGAGAAACUUCCCCAGCCCGCUCCGCUGCCAUCGUACUCAGAUAGUGAAUAG